AACAACAACACAACCCGCAGCCACGCAAUUUUCGCGCACUCCUCGCCCUUUCUUCUAUCACUAACCCUCCUCCUACAUUGUAUCCACCAAUCUCCUUUCGAUCGCAAUUUAAAAAUCGUUAUUACCACCGACUUGGAUCCAGCACGACCCGAGUAAACAGAGACAUUAUACAACAAUACGGCCCCACGCCCCGGAACACAACAAACGCACAACGCAGCAGCAGCGCAUGGUUUCCUAUCCCGACUCCCAAGGGGCAGAGCGGUCGCUCGCGAUUCGCCGCCCACCCUCCGUCACAUCGCAUUCCUCGAGGGCGUCGACCGUGCGAAGGCAUCGACCGCACCGGUCACAUUUCGGAGGGUCGUCCUACCAACCGCAGAACGAGUUCCCGGUCUUCACGCACACCGGCGAUGUCGAGAUCAUCAUAUCGAACGGGAGGAAGGAGCAGCGGUAUCUUUUGCACAAGUUGAUCCUCACGCAGUGUUCCGGGUUCUUCAGUGCGGGGACGAGCGACGAGUGGGCGAAUGCUGGGGAGGGGAACUCGGUGAAUCCGAAUGCGCUGGCGAGGAUACCGUCCGGGUCGGCGCCAGAGAAGAAGAUGUGGAGAUAUGAGUUAGACUGGGGGAAUAAUGACGAGGAGCUACCCAUGCUCAUACAAAAGAAAGCACAAUCCACGAUAUUCGGCAGCGGCGAUGUCGCACCUCCUCCCCAACCGCCAUCCGCGCGCAAUAAACCCUCCGCCCCGCAAUCCGGUUUCUUCAGGAGCAUGGCCAACUUCUCCUCGCUCCAUGUCCCCGCAACGCAGAGCGAUCCCGACGACGACCUCUUCCGCGACUACGACAACAUGUUCCGCGUCUUCUACAACUACCCGCCCACCCUCGACCCUAUCAACAUCGCAAACGCCUAUGUGGAAUGCAAGUCGCUACUACAGCUCGCGGACAUGUACGACGCGCUGGAGGUCAUCGGACCGCGGGUCGACCAUCACCUGUUGCGAUUCCAGGGCAGAUUAUGGAAGCAGAUCGCGAAAUACCCUCCCAGCUAUCUCAAGCUGGGCUACAUGGCUCGCAGCAAAGCCAUCUUCCAAGAAGCCAUGGUGCACGUGGUGGGCCAGUGGCCGCAGGGCGCCAACCAAUUGCGCGGACAGACAUCGGACGGAGUGAUCGACCUGAUCGAGGACAAAGUUGACGAGCUCGACGAGAUGAAGGCGAAGAUCGAGGGCAAACUGUUCCGGAUAACGCUCACGACGAGUCGGGGCGAGAGGGUGACGCCGAGUAACAACUGGCUGGAUUGGCUCGCGAUGAGUCUGUUCAGGCAGUGGUUGGCAGAGAACACGACACCACCCCCAGCGCCGAUAUUGAAGUCACCGAGGCCGCCGAACUCGAGGAACGGCGGCGACAAUAGUCCGCUCCCGCCGCCGCCGGCGUUCAACACCGGUCGCGUCUUCCGUCUGCUCGGCACGGGAGGCUCGAGCUAUCUGAACCACGACGAAUGCAAGCGGUUCCUCCGCCUGUCGCCCGACCAGUAUAAUCGAGAAAAUCUAAAACGAUUCGAGCGGAGGAUCGACGAGAUCAAAGAGCGCGCGAAAGACGUCGUCAAACCAGUGAUGCGAAAUUUCCUUGAACUCGACCUAGGCCGGGACGGAGGUGGAUUGCCAUACCUGACGAGCACGCGAUUAGAAUUGCAAGAUUUCCCAUGGGACGAGGGCGUAUGAAUUUAAAAAUUGAUUUAACAUGUUGUUACGAAAUCGCGAAAGAAAGGAGUCAAUUCGCAUCGAUGUUGAUGGGAUCCAUGGAUG